AUGGAAUCAUCCUCUAAUCACAUGGCGUGUGUUUUGAAGAUAGAAUCUCCUACCAAAGGAUGGAAGAAGACGCUGGAAAAUUUACUCAUCACCAUUAAUGAUGUAAAUUUCACGAUCGACAAGCGAAGUAAAACGGUAUAUCUAUAUGGGAAAAUCGAUCCACAAAAAAUACUCGAAAAGAUUACACAAGCAGGCAAAAAAGCUGAAAUUAUAUGGAGCAAUAACGAAUGCAAAAAGCCAACAGAAGAUCGAAGAAACCAAUUUAUGGAACAAUGUAGUUAUCCGUCUGGCUCCAUAAACGCUCCUAAUGCUUUCUUCAAUCAUCAUCAACAACAACAACAACAAUACCAUUCUUAUCAUCAACCCAAUUAUUAUCAACAACAAGGCUCUUAUGCUCCACCAAAUCCGAUGAUGACUCAGUUUCAACCAUACCAUCAACCUUAUGUUCUUCCAGUGCCAUAUACAUUUCAGCGUCAUCCUCAGCCGCCACCUCCACAACUGUACACGUACCACCAGAACGACGAGCCUAAGGAGCCUGUGGCUAAGAGUUUUCCACCGACGCCUCCUCCGCCUAAAAACUUUACGAUGGGUGACUUACAAUGCAGGAUCAUGUGA